CUAACAUAUCAUAUCCCACAAAAAGAAAAAUCCAUCGAUCUAAUGUUUCGUUCGUCCAGAGAUAGAGUCGCGCCGCACAAACCAGCCCUAGCUUGAGAUCGAUUUCCAUAGCUAAUUUCUACCGAUCGGCUGUACUCUCGCUAAUAUCCUUCUCAAUCGGCCGAUUCUUCGUCCAGAGCUAGAGCACAUACUCCGUCGCCCGAGUUCGAUCGAUUUAGUCCAUGGCACCCUUCAACAGUUCGCUAAUGAACAGUUCGCCCGAGUUUAUACUAAUGAUGAUACAAAUUUCGGGUUUCAUGGCGAUUUCUCGAUUUUGCAUACGUUAAUCCGAACGAUAAUGCGCUAGCCCAGCAAUUCGUAAAUAGCAAAAGGCCCUAUAUUAGGGUGAUCGUUUAGUAAUAAUCUGAUUUAUGCAUCGAAGGUCAAUAAAAAUUUGAUUGAGGAUUAAACAAGCAAGUACGUAGUGUUGAAGGUAAUCCUCCUAUAUAUCAGAUUUGAUAUUUAAUGUUUUAGCAAAUAAUAUUUCAGUUAUGUUUACGGUUUACCUAUUCUUUAGACAAUUUCUUAGUCUUGGCACAUUGUUAAGAAGUGUAGUGGUAGAAAAGUAACUUAGUUAACUGUCUAUUUUACUCCUGCAAUUUGUCCUGAUUAAUUCGUAGAGUGUAGUUGUUAUCUUUAAAGCAUGCAUCAAUGAGUUUUUCCUUUGCACACUAUCUGUUCGAUAAAAUGUCUAUGUGAAAACAUUCCCUGUUUAUAUUAGUUUUCAGUUCAGCAAAUUCGUGGGCAGCCUACUACAGGUAGGAACAUGGAAAAUAGCAAAAGAAAUACCUGGAAGAACGGAGAUGAUUCUCUAAUUUCAGGUUUUUGUCAGCUCUCAUAUUAGUUCUUAAACUUGAAUAUAUUCCCUUUGGUUAAUUCCCCUUUGAUUUUGCUUUGAUUAUAUAUCUGACUUUAGUAUUUUUAACUAUUUUACCACUCGAUUUUUUUUAAAAAAAAUUACGUGUAAAGAUAAUAAGUCUCCUAUUCUGACAAUCUUAAGGUAACUUAUAUUUGUGUGUCCCUUUACUUAGAGCUUAAAUUAGUUAGAUUGGAUUAAUAUACUGUGUACUUAGUUUGCAUCAUACGGAGUAUUCUUUUUGCAUUAUGCCUUUUUUAUUAGCUAGUUUUUGUUCUUUGUGUUUCAAUGUGGAUUAUUGUAUGUAAAGUAUUUGAUAAAAUGCUGAAAUGAACUUUGUACUGAUGCAUUGUAAUGUUGAUGCCAAAACACGAUUCAAAGGGUGGUUUGGGAGUUUACAGGGCGAGGUUACUCCGAUUUACACCGAUUUCAGCUCUCUCACUUAGGAAUCGGCCUGUGUUUGUUCUCUGCUUGUUGGUACGAUGGCCAGAAAGAAACAGGGGUCAGGGGAGUCCUCAGUGAUAAUUACCAGGUCGAGGUUUGCUUCCUUAGAAGACAUGGAUGUUGAUUUCCCGGUUUUGAACUCUGCAAAUAAACUGCCAGAGAAGAGAAAAAUGGAUGACCAACCUGCUAAGGGAGUUGCGAAGAUUCUGAAUUCUGAGGAAAGGACUAAGGGGGUUCAAAUUGAAACUGAAAUUGUGUUGGCUACAGCUGGGGUCUCUGCCAAUGUACCUGGAAUUGUAGGGCUGGGAAUCUUGGACAAACCUGGCAGCAGCUCAAUGAUUCCAGAACGGCUGGUUGCCAAGAAUCUGUUGGUGAUUGAGAUGCAAGACUCACGGGUGGAGCCAAAUUGGUAACAAAACCUUGGACUACACUAUUUUCGAUGGUGAUCGGAGAUGCUAGCAUGGAGGUCCUCCAGAAGAUGGAGUAGAGUAUCUCAGGGGUGUGAGGUGGGAAGCAGAACGUUUUGCCAAAAGUGAAGGUUUCCAAGAUUGAACGAAGUAAGAUAAAUAAAGAACUGAGUGUUUAUAUGCCUUGUAUUCCCGAUAUUGCAACUUGCCCAGAUCACUUACUACCCCUUAAGGAGUGCGAGGAUGAGUUAUUUACUGAUUUCUCACAGUUGAGAUUGGCUUUAUCACAAAAAGAAGGCUCUGGUGUUAGCCCUAUAUCUAAUUAUAACAUUUUUUUGCUUCAAUAACUUUCACGAUUGAACGAAAGGUACUCUAUAUGUUGGAAGAAGUUGGGCUUGCAUGAAGCGCAUUCUUGCAUGAAAUAAGUUUAUUUAACUAUCUUUGUGAAAAGAUAAGUGUUUGACUGGCUACAAUAUCUUUCGAUCAGCAUAUCAACCCUUUGUUUUUAACACUUUUUUAGUGUUUGUGAUUUGUUCUGUCGAGUUAUGUUUUAUUACUAUUGUCAUUUUUCAGAAGAGGUACUUAGAUUUUGAGUACAAUGUGAGACUUGCACCGAUGAUUACAGAAGAGGUACAUUGUCUGGUUUCACCCAAACAAACGGGCAAGCCUAAAGAAAAAGUCUUAUUCUCACGAACAAGUAUGAGUGUAUAACAAGGGAUUCAGUGCAGCUGCUAAGGUUUCCUAGUGGCGUUGGCAGUAUAAGAAUGAUGACUUCAUUCUGUGUAGAAGAAAAUGUGAUGUCUACGUAUAAGAAUAAUGUGAACGCCUUGUGAAGCAUGGUGUAAAAGUUGGACUAGUCAGCGUUUACUUCUUGUGUGUUAUUUAUUUUUUGGGGGAUGCCCCUAUGAAUUAUGUACUAUGUACACUCACAUUUAUGUGAGAAUUUGAGAUAUAAAUAAAAAACUUUGAUAUUAUGGUUUGUAGUA